AGCUCAACCAAUCAGAAUAAAGUAUUUGACAACUAAAAUGUAAACUAUCCACGCGAUGUUAAUGUUGAUAAAAAGUUGUAAUUUUAGCUUUAUUUACUAAUUUAUUUUUAUUUUUAGUAUGCCGAAAAAAGAAAAGGAGGCGAUGAAGACUAAAGUAGAAAAAGCUAGAAACGGAGAUACUGAAGCCGAGAGCCGUCCAGAAAAACAGUUGUCAUCGUUAGCGUCUGGUCCACCGCCGCCGGUGACCAUCGUGCCGCGCACAGCUGACGGUCCGCGACCUCCUGGCUGGAACAGCCAACCCCGCAAGCAUGGCUCCAGCAGGUUCAACGUUCAAAAUCACAACCAGGAACUGGUCAAAUUGCCGCCUAUUAAAGAUGCACCCGCGGCAGAAAAAGAACAGCUCUUCGUGCAGAAGCUGCGGCAGUGCUGUCUGCUGUUCGACUUUGCGGACGAGCCACUGUCUGAUCUCAAAUGGAAGGAGGUGAAGAGGGCCGCGCUGCUCGAGAUGGUCGAAUACGUCACGUCGCAGCGAGGCGUCAUCACCGACUCUAUUUACCCUGAAGCCGUUAAUAUGUUCGCGAUCAAUCUAUUCCGGACGUUGCCGCCAUCGUCGAAUCCUAACGGAGCGGAAUUCGAUCCAGAGGAGGACGAACCCACAUUAGAGGCCGCCUGGCCGCAUUUACAGCUCGUCUACGAACUGUUCCUGCGGUUACUCGAGUCUCCGGAUUUUCAGCCAAACAUUGCCAAGAAGUAUAUAGACCAGAAGUUUGUUUUGCAACUCUUGGAGUUGUUCGAUUCUGAGGACCCACGCGAACGAGACUUCCUCAAAACAACUCUCCAUAGGAUAUACGGGAAAUUCUUAGUUCUACGCGCUUACAUAAGGAAACAGAUCAAUAACGUAUUCUAUAGGUUUAUUUAUGAAACGGAACACCAUAAUGGCAUCGCGGAGCUCCUCGAAAUCCUUGGUUCCAUCAUCAAUGGAUUCGCGUUGCCUCUCAAAGAGGAACACAAAUUAUUCUUACUCAGGGUACUACUGCCGCUGCACAAGGCCAAGUCGCUGUCGGUGUACCACCCGCAGCUGGCGUACUGCGUCGUGCAGUUCCUCGAGAAGGACCCCUCCCUCACGCAGCCCGUCGUCAGAGCUCUCUUGAAGUACUGGCCGAAGACUCAUUCGCCGAAGGAGGUUAUGUUCUUGAACGAGAUGGAGGAGAUAUUGGACGUGGUGGAACCGGCCGAGUUCCAGCGCAUCAUGGACCCGCUGUUCAAGCAGCUAGCCAAAUGUGUCUCCAGUCCGCAUUUCCAGGUAGCAGAACGAGCGCUCUACUACUGGAACAACGAAUACAUAAUGUCUUUAAUAUCGGACAACGCGACCCACAUCCUGCCCGUGAUGUUUCCGGCGUUGUACCGGAACACAAAGAGCCACUGGAACAAGACGAUACACGGGCUCGUGUACAACGCGCUCAAACUGUUCAUGGAGAUGAAUCAGAAACUGUUCGACGAGUGCACGCAGCAGUACAAGCAGGAGAAACAGAAAGAGAGGGAGCGACUUCUGCAGCGAGAGGAGAUCUGGCAGCAAAUAGAGGAGAGGGCGCAACGAAACGACCGCGGCUCAGAGCCCGCCGAGACACGCAAGCAGACCUAUAGUAACGCGAACAAGCCCCUCCUCCGCAAGAAAUCGGAGCUGCCCGUGGACAGCAGCGCCGUGCGCGCGCUCGCCGAGCACCGGCGCGCCGACCCCUUCCUGUCCUCGCCGCCCGACAUCAACCACUGCUAGCGACCGCCCGCCGCCCGGACCCACGUUACAACAUUCGGGGAACCAGAGCCAUAAAGUCGGUUAGUUGAACAAUAUUCGGUAGGAGCGCGACCGUCGCACGUCUCCCGGGACGAUCCUCAAUCAUCUAGAUCUUUCGAUUUCUAUUAAUCACGUGAUAUAUCUUGAAACAAAACGAGAGAGAGACUGAACUCAUCUCGCCACAAAAAAAUUGCAUCUCGAGUGUCACAGAACGAUUUACGUAAAGUUAUAGAAAUCAAUCGCGCUCUGGCGACUGGUUGAGACGAAGAACGAUUAAACUGAGUCAAAAAGCGUGAAACGCGCGUCGAGUUCGAGAACGGUACGUCGCGUCCGCCCACGGAAACCUGACCAUGACUUGAAUUACUUGGAUACUUCAUAACAAAUACAUAAAGAACUCGCUUACGCGUUCGAUAAUUUAUUUAUACUACAUUGGACACGUAAUGGAUAGGUUUAUAAUAUACAUACAAACACAGUACUUACGAAUAGCGCUAUUACGGUUAGCAGUGAUCUCUUUCAGACAACCGACGAUGGAAAAAAACAUCAACGGAAAAAUCUGUGACCUUACGACAUUUGUACAUUUACAAAUAUAUAAAAUCUACAUAUCGACGCUUGAAAGGCAAACGUGACUAAGCGACAAUAACUGCUUUGUACAUAAAUGAUAGGCAAUAACCAUAUUCGAUGCGCAAACAAAAUAUAUUUCUAGGUCUAUUAAAAUCAUUUCAAUCCUACAGCUACUAGCUAGAUUCUACUACAGCUAGAUUCGUUAAAAUAAUUUUUGUUUUCAGGUACAUAUUUCAACUUUAAAUUAGUCUACUGUAAAGUUCACGCAUUGUCGCUUAGUCAAGUUUGCCUUUCAAUCGUCGAUAUACAUACAGUCCUACAUCCAACUCUAUAUUUACAUAUAUGUAUAAAUACAUACAUACAUACAUACAUAUAUUUUAUGAUUGUAUUGUGGUUAUACAACGUGGAAAUUCGUUCGUAUAUAUCGUACCGUUUCGAUAACUCGCUUUCAUUAAACCUUUACUUAAUAAUUUUUUUAUAUAAAAUAUUCGAUGUAUUAUUUAAGAGUAUAGAUUUAUACACCAUUCCACUGCAAGUACCACCUGUAAUCGUAUGAUGUUAGUCGAAUUGUUUUAUAUUAUGGUUCGAUUUUUUUAUUAUUAUUAUUGUAAAAACUCAACCAGAAAUCUAUUUUGAAAAUUAACACAAUGUGUUAAGGAACUUGACACAAAAACAAAAAUACAUUUCGGAAUUGACUGUCAAAAAAUGGGUUUUUACAAUCAGUGAUUCAUAAAAUUUAUUGAUAUUACAUACAAAAAAAAAAACAUCUGAUCUACAGUACACUUCUAUACAAAAAAAGUACACGUGUAAAAUUAUUACAAAAUCUUCUUUUUUUUGUCAGUAAAUUUCGUGAGUCAAAAUUAUCUUCCGUGAAUUUGAUAAGCGCUUGACACCGUAUCCGUAAUGUUCGAUGUUGUUUUUUCAUCUAAAUUCAUUUAAUAAUUUAAUUAACGUGUCAUUAAAAAAUUAUAAUAGUGUAUGCAACUCAUUAGUGUUUACAUUUAGAAAUUAAAAUCCACUAAAGCCAUAGUAAUCAUGAACUUUAUUUAUUUAAUUUGUAGAAUACCAAAUAAUGUAUUGUGAAGGUAGUUAAUUUUUAAUUUUCUAUUACGUUAUAAUAUUUACUUUUAUUAUUAUUAUAAUAAUUAUUAUUAUAAAAAAAAUAAAGGGGCACAAGGAACUUGAGUGCUGAUUGCCUUUAAAAGUUAUAAUUUGUUUUAUUUUUUUUAUCUGUUCUUAUAUUUGGAGUCAAAAUAAUAUAAAUUAAUUAGUUUAGUUACACAACGAGGGCUGAAAGACUAUUUGGUUUAAGCGGCAUUUUUAACAACUUUAUAAGAGAGCCAUUGAAAGUUUAAAAUUUGGAUAAAAUCUCAUUUAAAAAAAACUUCAACUAUUUGAAUGGAGUAAACUUAAUGUAAGUUCAAUUAAUAACAUUGAACUGUUGAUGUUAAUCACUACAUAGUAUAACAAAAAACAAAGUCGCUUUCUCUGUCCCUGUAUCUGUCCCUAUGUAUGCUUAAAUCUUUAAAACUACGCAUUUUGAUGCGGUUUUUUUGGAACGAAGUUCCUUAUCGCGCGUUGUGAAAGGGGGCUAGACGGAAAAAAUUCUUACGAAAAGUUGUCACGACACUUUUUAGAUCCGUCAUUCUGACCAAUCAACGUGUAGGCGCUUAUCGCGUGACAUUGCUCGUAUCCGAUUGAUCCGCCUGACAUUGCUCGUAUCCGAUUGGUCCGCGUAAUGCCGUAAUUUAUUAUUAUAACUUUAAAAAAAAAUUACAAUUCCUUCACUAAUUAAUCGAAAGGAACUUCGUUCCAUCCGGGUGUCCCUUGACACCUCUGAAGUUUUUAUUUUUAAUAGAUAGAGUUAUUGAAGAGGAAGGUUUAUAUGUAUAAUAACAUCCAUUGAAUAGUGGAGAAAUCAAUAAUAAAUUACAGUUUCCGAAGCGAAGCGAGGGCGGGUCGCUGGUACCAAAUAAAACGCACCUUUAAUUACAAAAAUAAAUAUCGCUCAAACCAAAUAGCCUUUCAAUCCUCGAUAUAAUAAUAUGUAUAAAAUUUCACAUCAAUACAUAAUCAAUAUUGAUCUGCUAAUCAAAUAUCGUUUGUUAAUAAAAAAAAUUACUUAAAUCACGCAUUGCAGUAUCGUUUUAGUUAGGUUCACUGUUUGCUUCGUGUAGGUAAUAGUCGGUAAUGUGAUGAAUGAUGUAUUUAAAGGGCACCCGAUGUACUGUUGCAUUUCUACUGUGUCUUAUUGAUUUCCGAUCUAGUAGUGCGCUUAGUGCCAAAGUUGUCGGUUUGAGUGUGUCUGAAAACGGGUGAAUCUUAUCAACUGUAGUUAGGGCCGCGGAUACAUACUUACUAGUACUACUACAUAUAUCAAUAAAUGCUGGUCGAUUUUAUCAAAUAAUAUAUUUUGGUCAGCGAUUUAAUUUGGUUUAGUUAUUUGAGGGAGCAGAUACAACUGAACUGAAUUAUUAUGCACUUAUUGUUCGUACUAUUUUUGCGCUCGUGUUAGAAAGAGAAGGAGAAUCUUGCCGAUCGUUUUUUUUUUUAAAUGUAUCAAAAUCAUGCGUUGAAAAUUUUCGAGAAUUCCAUUCAUUAUUUAGGCAAAAAAUAUUUAUUUAUUAAAAAAAACAUUUUAACUAGCGCAUAUAAAGUUUAUAGACCAUGUUAUUUUGUCUGAUUGUCUCAAUGAGAAAUGUGUGCGUGAAUUUUUUGAAGGACCGGAAGUAGACAUUUAUUUCCCUUAUACUAUAUAUUUACAUUUGAUACAGACCUUUGAUUGUAAAAUAAAUUUAUUAACGAUAACUUAUUGUUUAUCACUAAUUCAUAUGUCUGCAUCUACUGGAGUGAAAGUUAAAAAUACGUAGGUUUCUGUUUCAAAAUGGUUUUCAAUAUUUGUAUACAACGCGAAUUGAUUUUAAGAAAAAGGGGAAUAUAACCUUUAUUUGUUAAUGGAGCUUAUAUGAAAAUAUGUUUAACUUAGUUUGGGUUAUUGUUGUAGACAGAAUAUAGGAGUGGGACUCUGUAUCCAUAGACGGGCACUGCUUCGAGACUGAAUGUUAAGAGACGGAUUCUAUACUAUACUAUUACUAUAUACCUACUACUAUACUAUACUAUUUCACAAAUUCACUUGUGCACUAUAUUCUCAUAUAAAAAUCUUCCGUGUCUAUUUCAUUCGAUUCUAAUAUUUAUCACUUAAAAUAUUGAUUUCUUUUAUUUUUUGUACAAAUUUUCCAAUCUAAUUUCUUUAAUACAGCUAUUGUCAAUAUAUCACUGUACGGUUUCAUAACCGUUUUUUUUUUCUUUUUCUUUUCAUAACUAAUCUAAAAUGUUCGAACAGAACUUAGGCAUAUUUAUAAUGUAAAAUUUGUAUAGUAUAAUACAACUUACUCAUAAGUCAAGUGGCCGUAUCGGACAAUUAAAAUAUUUAAUAAAUAAAAAAUGUAAUUAGGAUUAAUAGUAUUUAAAAUAAUAAUAAUAAUAAAAUAUUAUAAUAUCUAUUUGGCGAAACGCUUCUGGUAAGCUAAUGUGUGCAAUUUUUAUAUGCGUGCUGUUCGGUCACUUGACGUAAUAAUUAACGCUAGUUACACAUAAUAGACACGACAUAUAUUCGUUUUGUAUUUUUAAAGACAUCCCAAUGAAUCUGCCAUCAAUCGAAUUUAUUUCUAAUAAAUAUCUACAUAUGUAUAUUAUAUUAUAAUAUAGAAAUAUAUAUUUGUGUGUAACUAGCGCGAUUAAAUUCUAAGUAGUUCUAAUUUCAGUUGUCUUAAAUGUGUGUAUGUACGUACGGACUGACGUCACCAUAGCAAUAUUUUGCAAAAUGCUGUUCAUGAAAUUGAUAAAUUUUGUAUAAAAGCAUAUUUAUAACGGUAAUAUAUGUAACUGUUGAUAACAGAAUAAUGGUAACAGACAACAUAUUGUAAGGUGCUUAUGAUUAUCGUUAUAAUACAAAGUUGUGCAUAUA